GGGAGACUCUUGCUGACAUGAAAAUCCCGGAUAUUUCUGAUGAAACUCGUGUCGAUGUCAUAGGCAAAGUCAGUUACAAGCUAAGAAAUAUGAAGAUUACAAGUUUUCGUCUGCCAGAUGCUAGUAUUAGCGCCGUGUCGGAUACUCAACUGAAGGCUAGCAUUGUUAAUGCUAGAUUAAGUAUGCAUGGCGAUUGGAAGUACCAUAACCAUGGGUUUAUCCGAAUAAGUGACGAUGGCAGUGUUGAUGUAAAAGCGUUUUCUAUUACACUCUCGAUUGUCCUUCAAUUUGGGUAUUUAAAUGGCGAUUUUUCGAUAUCAACCACAAAGAGCGACUGUAAUUUCAACAUUGGCUCGCUGGAUGUCGACUUCCAUGGGGGUGCUAGUUGGCUUUACAACCUAUUUAAAGGAUCAGUUCGUGACCAAAUACAAGAUCAACUUAAUAAAAAGAUGUGUAAUGAUGAAAUUAUAAAAGAAGUCAACGGAAAACUGACAGAAGUUGUUACAGUUUUUAAACAGUUCUGCUAUUAUUUCAUCGUCAUCAUUAGUAUCAUUAUUGCCAUUACAAUCGCCAUUAUUCUCUGUGGCGUAGGUAAUCGCAGUGGAGCCAUUGCAAAUCCCAAGGACCCGGGGCAAUUAGGGGCCCGUUCAGUAAUGCCUAAAAUUGAUAAAUUAAAGAAAAAAAUUAAUACUCAACUCUUUAAAAGAAAAAAAAAUGGCCAGCAAACCCCUCAAUAAUAUUUAGGUUUUAGAGGCAAUAAUUGAUAACUUUAUUUUAAUUUAUGGUACAAGGUAAAGUAAGAAACAUUUAUUUUUAAUGUUAUACAUUUUCCAUACUCUUUUUCUUUGACAAAAAGAUGUUGUAUGCCCAUAUAUAGCCAUGAUGUGCCUAUAUAUGCUUAUUGCCAUAUUAAACAUGUCACAAGUUUUUGUCUAAUGAAAAUUUUAGACAGGGUUCAAAAUGUAUUUUUAUAUUGUGAUUUUGUAAACGAUGAAUAUAGUGGUCGAUUCUCUUGAAAGGUAAUUGAUCAAAAUAACAGAUAUAUCGGGACGGUCUCGUGUAGAUCUAGGGAAUAAUUUGUAAAUGAUAACAUUUA